AUGAAAGAACUUGAAGACCACCUGCUGAGAAACAUCAGCCAGGAGACAAAGUGGUACGACGAGACGACUGUAGAACUCAUGGCUCCCACCAUGCUUCCUGAGCUGCACCUCCUCAAAAAGGUAAAGGUAAAGGGGCCGAGAUACUGGGAACUGUCUGUAGACCUCAGCAAAGAAACACAGCAUCUAAAGUCCAUCCUGUGCAGAGAUGGCGUGUUGUACGUGAAGCUGCGGGCCGGACAGCUGCCCUACAAGGACGACCCUCAGGGCUGGAAGAGCCUGCUGGCUUCAACCGUCAACCACCGCAACUCUGGAGUCAGAGCGUUCAAGCCUGAAGCCAUCUCUACGUUCACCUCAGAGCCGGCCUUGGUCUCAUUUGCAGAGUUCUUCUGUAAAACAUCUGAAGAAAUAAAACAAAGAGAUGAUACUCUCGUGUUGUUCUCGGCGAUGCUGUACGAAUGUGUGACGCAGGAAUGUCCGGAGAUGCUGCCCACCUAUAUUGCUAUUGAGCAGGCGGUGGGGGCUCUGCGUCGGAGGGAUCUGCUCCAGACCUUCCCCCUGUGGCAGAUGCGUCUGGUGGUGGAGCUGUGGGACAGCCGGGUGCAGCGGGGGCCCAACAACCGCCACGACGCGCUGCUCACCUCCGAGUUCCUGCCCGUCAUGAAGAACAUGGUGGAUGUGGCACUGGACAGCUGGCUCAAAGGUCCAACAUAUCUGUCCGCCUCCAGGAUUCCCACCAUUGGUGCUUUCACAAAGAUUAUGGGAAACGAGGAACGAGAUAAAGAUUCUUCCCUGAGGAGGUGGGAGAGAGAAGUGAAAGAUGCACAGCCAGCAGAAGCCAUGGCAGUGAUUCAUGAAACAGCUCUAAAGUUCAAAGCAGCUCCAGAGGUCAGGGUCACCUACAGCAGCACCAGUUUCUUGUUUAAAGAACCAUCAUCACGGAGGCUGAGAUGGGAACACAGGGUCCUGCACGUCAGCAUGACAUCCAUGUUUCCUAAACCCAAUGAGAGCUGUGACAGCCUAUUUACAGUAGCGUCCCACAUGGCUGGGCUGCUGCUCUAUGGAAACAUGCCCACACCUCAU